UUCCUUUUCCCUUCCUUUCUUUUCCUUCGUUCUCCUUUUACUCGUGAACCCGUCUUCCAACCCCAAUUCUGGCUAGAUACAUACAUGGAUACAUAGCGCGAUCGAUACAAUCCAUCAAGAGAAGAGAGAAACACCAUCUCAUGUUCGCGCUAAGAAUCUAUGCCACGCUACACCCCCGAGAAUGACGGCACGGGUUUAGCGCGGCAACUGACCGAUCCGCUCGUCGCUCAAUAUGUCUACUCCGUCUUCAUCGCUCUCGCCUGGUGUAAUGCCCUCGAGCUGGUAGUCCUCUGUCUCAAUACCUUCAAGCGCUAUGCCGGCACCUACUUUUGGAGUCUCUUUGUGGCCUCCAUCUCCAUCAUCCCCUUUGGCCUGGGAUACCUCCUAAAGAUGUUUCAUAUCACCUUCACCAACGGAUAUCUCGAGUUAGCUAUCACCGAUAUCGGCUGGGUAGGCAUGGUCACCGGUCAAUCGCUUGUCCUUUGGUCACGUUUGCACCUCGUCGUUCACAAUCGCAAGGUGCUCAAGGCCAUUCUCUACCUCAUUAUCAUCGACGGCGUCCUCCUCCAUACUGCGGCUACCACACUCGAGUUUAUGAACAAUGGUCUCUCCUACAUUCACAACGUGACGGUGGCGUUUGGCAUCAUGGAACGAAUUCAGGUGGUGUGGUUUUGUGUGCAAGAGCUCCUGAUCUCCUCCGUAUACAUCGUGGAAACCGCCAAAUUACUGCGGCUGGACCGCGGAGGACCGUCGCGCACCAUUCUCACGCAGCUGAUUAUCGUCAAUGUAGCCAUCAUGGUGCUCGAUGUCGCGGUGGUGGCAGUUCAGUUCGCGGGCUAUUUCACCCUGCAGGUCACCACGAAGGUGUUGGUCUAUAGUAUCAAGUUGAAGUUGGAAUAUAUUAUUUUGGGACGGUUAGUUGACGUAGCACAUAUCCGAUCGCAGCCAGAGACUCCACGAUUUCGAUUUUAAUCGUGUGCGGAAAGUUUUAUGGGCAUCUACAACCCGAUUGAAGAAGUGAGUCGGUCCGUCGGCAUGUCGCCGCCCGACAUUCCGGCUGGCAUACCAGACCAAAAUCUCACCCGC